AUGCUGCCACUCACCAACUUGCUCUCUGGUCCCAAGGGUCCCCUUGAGUUACGUGGCCACGCGCUGACUGCUUUUGAGAGAAUAAAGACCUCCCUUGCUGAUGCUACCUUGCUCACUCAUCCUGCUCCAGAAGCCCCAUUGUCCCUGAUGGUUGAUGCUUCGACCGCUGCCGUAGGAGCAGUCCUCCAACAGCAUAUCAACGACUCGACACGACCGUUGGCAUUCUUCUCCAAGAAGUUUUCACCUGCCGCGACCAGAUAUAGCACGUUUGGCCGUGAACUUCUUGCCAUUUACCUAGCCGUAAAACAUUUCCGACACUUCCUUGAGGGUCGCGACUUCACAAUUUUCACAGACCACAAACCACUUACAUUUGCCAUCCGAUCCCAUUCUGACAAAUAUAACCCGAGAGAGAUUUCUCAUUUGGAUUACAUCUCGCAAUUCACCACCGACAUCCGCCACAUUGAUGGCCAGAAGAAUGCGGUGGCCGACAUGCCGUCUAGACCUUCCCUCUCGGCGUUUCACCUCUCACACGGGAUUGAUCUUGGUGCUAUGGCGGCUGAACAACUACGUGCUGGAUGCCUUGGCGACGAGUCUGUUGACAGUCUUCAAUUAGUUGACGUCCCAUUGACCACCGGCACUGGCACAAUCCUUUGUGACGUAUCGACUCCUUUUCAUCGCCCUUAUGUGCCUGCCUCGAUGCGUCGAGCUGUUUUUCAAACUCUCCACGGACUCUACUAUCCUGGGAUUCGUAUGGCCUGGGUUGAACAAGGAUGUGAGAGCUUGGACACGAUCGUGCCUUUGCUGUCAACGUAA